AGCUACCGAAUAAGAAGGAAAUGAAGAAGAAAAGGAAGAGAAGUAGGAGGAGGAGGAAAAGGAGAAGACAAACUCUGGACUUUGGAGCACUCGCUAUGGCAGGCCAAAGUGUUAUUUUCCCUGGAAGUUUAUAAAUAUGCAUGUCAUAACAACAAUAAUAGGAGCAUGUGUCAUCCAAAGCAACGUGUGGAAACGAGCAGCCAGGUCAGAACAUUCCUGUUGUCGCUCAUGAGCUCCGUCUGCACUUGAACCAAGUCUGAACUUGCUGACAAGGUCCAGGAUUUAUCACGCAGAUGGCGCAGCAAGAAGAGCCUCUGUAUGAUUUCCCAGAGCCUACCCAGGGGUCAGAGCGCAAGUUCACAGGUCACCAGCGAGGAGGCGGGUCGCUGAAGAAUGUCAGCGUCUUGGACCGACUCUUGUUGACGGUGCCCGUCUGGAUGCAGUUGUCAAUCAACCCUGCCACCGCCUUGCACAUUCUGCAGAGGGAACCUCCUGGGACGUUCCUGGUGCGAAGGUCUCGCACGUCUCAGAGGAAUGUGUUAUGCGUGCGUCUGGUGGAUGACAGCGUGCCAUCCUUUGUGCAACAGUUUGGAAUCAGGGAGGAACAUUCAACUCUGUCUCUGGAAACAUCAGGGAUCAGCUUUCCAGACCUUCCGAGACUGGUUUCAUUCUAUUGUGUCAGCAGAGAUGUAUUACCCUUUCCUCUGGAGCUUCCUGAAGCCAUCGCUAAAGCAACUUCCCACAAAGAGCUGGAGUCCAUCUCUCACAUGGGAAUAGAAUUCUGGAGCUCUCACCUCAAUGUGCGGGGGCCGCGAGAGCCCCCGAAGACCCAGACGAGCAAAGGGAAGACGCCAGACUCUUCUGACGCUCCCGCACAACCAGUCUCUUCAGCUCCGCCUGCUCCCGCCACACAACCCGACUCAGACAACCAGACGACUAUCGUCGAAUGUGACCAAAACUCUGAUCCGAAUUCAGUCCUGUUCCGCGAGUUUUGUCCUAUCGAGACACGCAGCCCCAGAGAACUGGACUGUGGCUCGGGCCUUGGCGCGUUGUGCUUCAUCAAUCCUCUUUUCCUUCAGUCUGACAGCAUGUUGUCAAAGCGGCGCUUGAUGAAACGCAGCUUCAAGGUGCGGGUGUCCACCGAGACAUCCACCCUGAUGUUGCCCCCGCUCGCUCCGCCGCCCCCGCCCCCACUUAUGCCCAAGACCAGAAGAAAAUGUAAAGCCCAAACCUUGACAACACCUGCAACCCAGGAUUGCCAAUCACCACAAGCAGUGGAGGAACAAGUAGAGGCCAAGCUCCCGACAUUGGUGGAGCAUCCUUCCGAUGACCCCGACUACAUGCAGCCAUCCUCAGCCAUCACAUCCUCCGUGUCUCCCUCACUCUCUCCCUAUCCAGCUGAAUCCGUACCGCCACUUCCUCCCAAACUGUCUUCCGCCCCACGCACUUGUCCAACCACCUCAACGCAAUAUCAAUUCCCAUCUCUUUCGCCCAGGGCUCCACUCACUGCUUCCCCCUAUCAGUCCCCAGCUUCCUCUCCCAAGGUGCCCUUCUCUCUGUCACCUUUUUUCUCACCUUCCUUGGCUCAUCUGGUAAAUGACAGUAAAACAUCAGAUGAGGAUAACUGCGUGGAAGAAUUAAACAAAGAAAUGGAAUUUGCCUCUUUGGAAGACACAGAUAGCUCCAGUUCCUUCAGUAGCCUUGAGGGGGCGGUAUAUAUACCAACACCAGGGAAUGAUGGAGUCCAGCAAACAGCAUCUUAAAAAAAUUGCUUAAAAUAAUGUACAGUUUGGUUAUAUGAGUGAAGUGUAACAUUCUGUAAACUGUUUCUAUUAAAAUGAUUUUGGGUGCACUAGUGUACACCUUACAGAU